GCGGGCGGAGGAUCCGGCGCUGGGCACCCGCGGCCGUGUAAGGAAUCCAGGCGGUGCGCGGCUGACGGUGCGGAACCUCCGGGCUGAGGCGGGAACUCACAAAAGAGGGAGGCGGGCUAGGGACAGCCACCAUGUCCUUCCCGCACUUUGGACACCCCUACGGCAGCGCUUCCCAGUUCCUGGUGUCUGCAAGUUCCAGCGCCACUUGCUGCGAAUCCGCCCAGCGCUCGGUUCCAGACGUGGCCACAGGCUCCACCCCGGCGGCCGCUCUCUGCUGCGCGCCCUACGAGAGUCGGCUGCUGAGCAAUCCUCGGCCUGAGCUAGGAGCGGCCCUGGGCAUCUACGGAGCCCCCUAUGCGGCCGCGGCAGCUGCCCAGAGCUACCCCGGCUACCUCCCCUACAGCCCCGAGCCGCCCUCGCUGUACGGAGCGCUGAAUCCACAGUAUGAAUUUAAAGAGGCUGCAGGGAAUUUUACAUCCAGCUUGGCACAAGCAGGAGCCUAUUAUCCCUACGAGCCCACUCUGGGGCAGUACCAGUAUGACAGGUACGGAGCUGUGGAGUUGAGCUGCGCGGGGCGCAGGAAGAACGCCACGCGGGAGACCACCAGCACGCUCAAGGCCUGGCUCAACGAGCACCGCAAGAACCCCUACCCCACCAAGGGCGAGAAGAUCAUGCUGGCCAUCAUCACCAAGAUGACCCUCACCCAGGUGUCCACCUGGUUCGCCAACGCGCGCCGGCGCCUCAAGAAGGAGAACAAGAUGACGUGGGCGCCCAAGAACAAAGGCGGAGAGGACAGGAAGACAGAGGGUGGCGCAGAGGACUCCCCGGGCAGCCUGGGCCCAGACGCCAAAGACAUUACCGCCGGCCAAGAGGCGCGAGGGCUCCGGCUGAGUGACCUGGAAGACGUGGACGAAGAGGAGGAGGAGGAGGAAGAAGCCGAGGACGAGGCGGCCGUGCCCGCAGCCCGGGACCGGCUGGCGGAGUUCCACAAGGACACGCGGGCGCCCCUGGCGCCGUGCGCUGCGGCUCGAGAGCGCGGGCUGGAGCGCAGGGGGUGCGGCCUUGAGGCGCCCCGCUUCUCGUUUCAUGAACCUCCCGGCGCGGGAGAAACUGAUUUCCUCCAGGUGGAGCCCGGGGGCGCGAGGCAGACCAUGCACUAUGCGUCCAGCGGGAAACCCCGCUUCUGGUCUCUGGCGCACACCGCGGCCGCGCGCGCUCUCCAGGGCGCACCUCCGACCCCGCCCAGGCCGCCCAGCCCCGAGGGCCACCUGCUUCCGAGUCCGCCAGGGUCGGCCGCGCGACCAAGGGUGCGCAGAGACUCCACGUGCGAAGAGCCCUCCAGUGUAGCCAAAGGCUUUGGAAACUCCAUGUCUGCCCUGCGGGGGCUGCCGCUGAACUGUGCGCCCUGCUCGCGGCGGAGGGAGCCCGCAGUGCAGUGCCAGUACCCGUCUGGAGCAGAAGCAGGUUAGCGCCAUGGCUGUGAUUUGCGGAAGAAUCUGGGAAAUCGGCCCUAGUUUUGGAACUCACCUCCACGCUAAGAAGUGGGGAGAUCUCACCAGAGAAGCAGGCUCUCGCUUCGCUAAGAGAAAGACACACAGACACCCUCCUACCAGCCCCUCUUGCACGCAGAGCUGGGAGUGGCUGGUGAUGUGUCCUGUCAGAUCCCCUGGGGGAGGCGGCAGGGCGCCUCGGAGCGGGGAGGCCAGGAGAGCAGGCUCGGUGGGUCUGUGGGGUGCAGCCACUAGGCAUGCCCAUCUCCCCUCCUCUGAUUCAGGGCCUGAAGCUGCUCCCUCCCUCUCCUGCUCACCCCGCCCCGCUCACUUUGUAAUUCCAACACUCACCAGACCCCUAAGGACGGUGCAAGUCUCCCCCACCCCCUGUGUCCUUAAAAAGAAUCAA